AUGAACUAUUCUGCCUAUCUAUUAGACAUCGAGGGAACCGUUUGUCCCAUCUCCUUUGUCCAAGACGUCCUCUUUCCAUAUUUCACCGCGCAAGUUCCACAUCUACAUGAGUCUAUCAAUCCAAACAUCAUAGACAUACUUUCCAAGUUCGAAAUCGAAGAUAACAACGAGCUAACUAGACACAUUUUAGAUCUAGUGAGUCGUGACGUUAAGGAUCCUCUCUUGAAGCAACUACAGGGAUAUGUGUGGGCUCAAGGAUAUGAGACUGGUGAAAUUAAAGCACCUGUCUAUCCUGAUGCCGUUGAUUUGAUUAAACGUCACGAAGGUAGGGUUUACAUUUAUUCCAGUGGAUCUGUGAAGGCACAGAAGCUUUUGUUUGGUCAUGUUCAAGGUCCAGAUGGUGAAACUAUGGAUUUAUUGCCUUACAUUUACGGAUAUUUUGAUAUAAAUACAUCUGGUAAAAAGACAGAUGCUCAAUCAUAUAUUAAUAUAUUGAGAGACAUCAAAAUUGUAGGAAAAUUUGAUAGUGACCAGCUAGCAGGAAAUAUUUUAUUUUUGAGUGAUAAUCCAUUGGAAUUGGAUGCCGCUAAGGAAGCCGGAUUCUCAACAGGGUUAGCUAUCAGGCCAGGUAAUGGACCUGUACUGGACGUCUCUAAAUAUUCACAGUAUACAGAUUAUUCGGAAUUAUAG